AACUAAGAUCCUUAGCAUAUGUCACAGAACAUAAAAUAAGACACUCCAAAAUCUCACUCGGUUCAUCCAAAACCCAAAACCUCAUUGAAACCUCAAAAUGAUUAUCAGCAGUAGCGUCCGGACAUGUUUCCCGCGCUUUCCAUCCUCGUCGGAGACGCAUGUUUUCCGGUCGGCAGUCAAGUUUACUUUCACUCUCCGGCGGCGACUUUUCACCACCUUGUGCUCUGUUUCGGCCACCCAGAAGAAGGAGAAGGAGAAGGUGAUAGUGGUAUCGGGGCCCACCGGAGCCGGGAAGAGCCGGCUGGCACUCGAGCUCGCCAAGGUGCUCAACGGCGAGAUUAUCAGCGCCGACUCUGUCCAGGUAUAUCGGGGUCUUGACGUUGGAUCAGCGAAACCUUCUCCAAGUGAUAGAAAGGAAGUACCACAUCAUCUGGUUGACAUAUUGCACCCAUCUGAAGACUACUCCGUUGGACAAUUUUAUGAGGAUGCAAGGCAAACUACAAGAUGUAUUCUUGAUAAUGGCCGUGUUCCCAUAGUUACUGGUGGCACUGGAUUGUACUUGCGAUGGUUAAUAUAUGGAAAACCAGAUGUUCCUAAAGCCUCAAAAGAGAUCGCAUCUGAAGUGUCUUCUGAGUUGGCAGAUUUAGAAAGAAAUGGACACUGGGAUGCAGCUGUGCAGUUGGUGAUCAAAGCAGGUGACCCUAAGGCUCAAUUUUUGGCUGCUAAUGAUUGGUACCGAUUAAGACGCAGCCUGGAGAUCAUCAAGUCUAGUGGAUCACCUCCAUCUGCCUUCGAAGUACCGUAUAAUUCUUUCCGCAAAGAAUGUGAUUCUAGUGUAGUAGACACUAAUGACAUUAGUUCCUCUGCUGAUGUUGUGGAGGAAGUUAAAUCAAAGGAAUUGAACUAUGACUUCAUUUGCUUUUUCCUCUCAAACCAAAGGGUUGAUCUAUACAGAUCAAUUGAUUGGCGAUGUGAAGAUAUGGUGUCAGGAACUGAUGGUAUCUUGUCUGAGGCCAGAUGGCUUCUUGAUGCGGGUCUUCUUCCAAAUUCCAAUUCAGCAACCAGAGCAAUUGGUUAUAGACAAGCUAUGGAGUAUUUAUUAUUGUGUAGGGAGCAAGGAGGUAGUUCUUCACCAAGAGAGUUCUACAACUUUUUGACUGAAUUUCAAAAGGCAUCUAGAAAUUUUGCAAAACGGCAAUUGACAUGGUUUCGUAAUGAGCAUAUCUAUCACUGGCUUGACGCUUCCAAACCCUUGGAUACUGUUCUAAACUUUAUUUGUGAUGCAUACCAUGACAAAAGUGGAAAUUGGGUUGUGCCUGAAUCACUGCAAAUGAAGAAAGAAUUAUUAAGCCGCCGAGAAGAGUCUGAACUAAAGAGCUAUCGAACUAAGAACAGAUUAUCUGAAGCAAACAAAAAUCUUCUGUGAAUCCCUCCAACACCACCUGAUGAGGCUGCACAUUCAAUAUCGGGAAUUGUCCCCAGAGAAGUCAGCGUACCGAUUCCUAAUAGAGAAAAUGACCCCAUGCUCACAAAUUUUCCAGCGUUUUCGUAAACAGCCUCAGUACUAAUGCUGCCAGAAAAGCAUAUCCUCUAGCAUUUUCAGAUUCACUGAAACUCUUAACUCUCUGUAGGCAGCGGCACUGGAACUCUUACUCUUACAGCUUACAGAACCUAUUACUUUAUCUUAUGUCUCAUUACACACAUCAUUCACAUAGAAUGAGGAUCCUUUUUCUGGAAACACAAAACCAGUUGCUC